CUAUCAUCCAAUUCAAACCUCUUGUCAUAGUUUACCAAUCACAUGGAAACCGAACCAUGACUACUUACCAACUUGGACCCUUGGUAGGCGGGACAAUCCACCAAUACGCAAAUGCCGUUGGCCAAAUCUAUUACUGCGAUACUGUUGCAGGGACGACAAGUUAUGCAAUCCCGGAGGGGUUCCAAGAUGUCGCAGGCGAUACCUGGGCCCUCGACACGACAAAGAGUUGGCCACAAUGGAACAACAACAGAACGGGGAGGGCAGUCCUCAUCAACCCUAACCCUCCACCGCCUCAAACAUACCUCGACGAUAUCAACGUCAAGGCUGCCCUCAACCUUCUGAUUAAGAUACCGGACUCGAGCGAACGAAUCUACCGAAGGCCUAUAGGAGACAUCCUUCGCUUCAUCUUCCCCUCAAGCGAAGGAUUUUCUGUCGUCUGGGAGGCGGUGUCUGUCAAUACCCAACCCGACUUCUACGUCUUUAAAGUUCUUCAAAGGCCCGGCAGAAGCCUAUACCAAUACGAGUACAUGCUCAUGGAAUGCAAGAAGGCGGGAGAGUCUUGGGAACACACAAAAGAUCAUUUCUACAAACAUCUCGCAGAAAAUGGGAACGAUUCCAAGAAUUGCUACGGAAUGGUUCAGAUUGGGUUUAAUGUGCAAUUCUGCAAGUACGAAAAUUACAAUUUUAGCGAGGUUGGGGAAGUGAUGCACCUCAUCAAUAAUGCCAACGACGUUAUAGCCUGGGGUCGACACAUCAAGGAUAAUCCCAUGCCGUUUCUGUAGACUAGUAGGUG